GGUUCCGGGAGGCGGUUCCUUUGUGCUCGGAUGGGCUGCAGCCCCUGGAGACGAUGGAGCCUGGCGCCAUGACCGAGGCGGGAGGCAAGACCCCAGGAAUGGAGACCAGAAAGCUAAUUACUGCGACAGACAACCAGUACUCCGGUAUGCUAUUAAAGGCUUUGGAUGAGCAACGUGGCUAUGGAGUUUUCUGUGACGUUACCGUUAUUGUGGAGGACCGGAAAUUUCGAGCCCACAAAAAUGUCCUUUCGGCAUCAAGCACUUACUUUCACGAGCUCUUCUCAGUUGCAGGACAUGUGGUGGAGUUGAACUUCGUAAGAGCAGAGAUUUUUGCUGAAAUUCUCAACUAUAUCUACAGUUCCCGAAUAGUCAGAGUAAGAUCAGACUUGCUCGAUGAAUUAAUAAAAUCUGGGCAAUUGCUUGGAGUUAAGUUUCUUGCUGAUCUGGGUGCUCCUCUGCAGCAGGUGAAAAACAUGUCAGGAGGCAUUAAGCCUGACCCUUCAGAACGGUCCAGUUUGGAUGCAAACGGCCUUGAAGCACAAAGGCCUCCAGUGCGACUUGGGAAUGAAAACUCAUUUGCUGGCCAACCUGUUAUAACUGAAACAUUUUCUUUGUAUAGGGAGGAGUGUGAUACCACAAAGAUUACCAUUAGUGAUUCUGAUGACGAUGAUGUCAUCUUCUGCGCAGAGCUUGUGCCUCCAAAGGACCAGCCUCUGGAGGCCCAAUCUGUAACACAGAACCAGCAUUGCCCCAACCCUGCUGGGGGCUGUGACCAAACAAACUGUAGCAGCACUGAGUCUCCUCCUCGGCCAGCUGUAGUGGCAGCUCCGAGACCCGACUUGUCUACCACUCAGCCGAAUCCGACUGAAAAUCAAGUGUCUGCUGAACCGCUUGCCCCUUCUGCUCCGAAUCCCAUGACUUCUAAUGUCCUUAUGUUAAACCAGUCACAGAUUGGUGCUUCACCAGAUGUCAGUUCGUCACAUGAAAUCGAGGUCUCGCCUAUACCUGAGGAGAAUCAGCAACCAUCUAACAAUGAGUCCUUAACUGACAUGGAAACAAAUGCCAUUGAUGAGGACGAGGAAGAUGUGGAAGACGAUGAUGACAUUCUAGGUUCAUCCAGCCCAGGGUCUGCGAGCAGCAGCUCUUUGGUUCAGCAGCCAUCUACCCCCAAACCUGCUACAACUGAGGCAGCAGGAGUACAGAAGAAGCAAGCCGCUAACGUUCCACAAGAGCCACCUGCCCCAGCCACAGAAUUCAAAAUGAAAAUCCCAGAUGUUCUUUCUGGAAGCAACAAUGAUUCUGCAGCAAGUGUUGCCCCAAAGCACAUAACGGAAGGCCAGAAGACCAUAACUUUAGAUACAGCCACUGAAAUAGAAGGCCUGUCUACUGGUUGCAAGGUUUAUGCAAACAUUGGUGAAGAUACCUAUGACAUAGUCAUUCCGGUGAAAGAUGAGGCUGAUGGAGAAGUCAGGCUUGAUGAUCUGCCCAGAACAUCAGGGGACGAUCCUGCAAACAGAAAACGUCUGAAAGUGAAACAUGAUGAUCACUAUGAGCUCAUAAUGGAUGGGAAGGUCUAUUACAUCUGCAUUGUGUGUCGAAGAUCCUACAGUUGUCUGACAAGUUUGCGGAGGCAUUUUAACGUCCAUUCCUGGGAGAAGAAGUAUCCAUGUCGCUAUUGUGAUAAGGUUUUCCCUCUUGCGGAAUACCGCACCAAGCAUGAAAUACAUCACACUGGUGAGCGAAGGUACCAAUGCUUGGCGUGUGGCCAGUGUUUUAUCAACUAUCAGGUCAUGGCUACACAUCUAAGAUCAGUCCAUAGCCAGGACCCUUCUGGAGAGUCCAAGCUGUAUCGUUUGCAUCCAUGUAGGUCCUUGCAGAUCAGAAAUUAUGCUUAUAUUUCAGGUGGUUCCAGCAAUAUACCGAUGGUAAAUGACAGUAGUGUCGCAUAUCCUGUUGGCCCCGUAAAAGAUGCCUCUCAGGAUCCCACACCUGCCCCUCCAGGAAAGCCAAUGACCUGGGAUGAUAUAUUUGUUCCGCAAGGAAAUGAAUCGCUUUUUAAACAAAACCCACCAGAGGGUAGUAAUGAAUUUGAGUUUGUGAUUCCAGAAUCUUACUGA